AGCCAUUGAGCAUAUUCGCAUGCUUUGUGCUUUGUAUGCCUUUCCUGCGUACCAGCUUAGUUGGUCCUCAGAACAAAGAUGAAGUCGUCGUCGCCCAGAGAUUCCGUUGUCGUCUCAUCCACCCCCUCAGGCAUCACAACCAUCACCAUCUCUCGCCCUCAUCGGCGCAAUGCUGUAAAUCCUUCAACUGCCCGAGAUCUGUACUCUGCGUUCCUUGAUUUCGAGAAUGACAGCUCACAAAAAGUUGCGGUUCUGACCGGCUCGGACGGAUAUUUCUGCGCUGGAGCCGACCUUGUCGACCUCACCACUCAGCAACAGCAGGACCCAGCGACUAUAGAUCCUCUUGACAGAGAUCACCUCCAGCCGGUCAAGGAUCGCAAUUGCGGACCGAUGGGACCUUCGCGUUUGCAAGUCCAAAAACCCGUCAUUGCUGCUGUUGCCGGCCAUGCGGUGGCCGGCGGGCUGGAGCUCAGUCUUGUGGCAGACAUGCGCGUUGUCGAGGAGGAUGCCGUCUUCGGGGUGUACUGUCGGCGCUGGGGUGUACCACUGAUUGAUGGAGGCACCGUCAGACUUCAGGCAAUCGUCGGGUUGGGUCGUGCAUUGGACAUGAUCCUAACCGGACGGCCUGUGACAGCCCAAGAAGCCCUGUCCAUGGGUCUGGCCAACAGGGUGGUACCGAAAGGCAAAGCUCUGGAGGAAGCCACCAAACUGGCCGAGGAGCUUCUGAAGUUCCCGAAUGCAUGCAUGAAUGUGGACAGGAGUUCAGCUUACUAUGCAGCUUACAAUGCUUCCAGCUUCGAGGACGCUUUGAGGAAUGAAUUCAAUCAGGGCAUCAAAGUCCUCCAGACUGAGAGUUUCCGAGGCGCAGCCAGGUUUGCUGGAGGGCAGGGGAGACAUGGACGUUUUGACAAAUUAUAACGGCACUAAAAUUCUAC